AUGCGGUUGAUGCUGUUCUGCUGCACCUGGAAGGACGAACGCAUGGGAGAGGAGGAAGCUGGAGGAAGUUUGCCCGUGUGUGCGGGAUGCAAACAGAGGAUAUACGAUGAACAGUAUCUCCAAGCUCUCAAUACUGACUGGCACACCGUCUGCUUCAGAUGCUGUGAGUGCAGCUGCUCGCUGUCCCACUGGUAUUAUGAAAAAGAUGGCCGGCUCUUCUGCAAAAAUGACUACUGGGCCAAGUUUGGGGAGCUGUGCCAUGGCUGCAAUGACCUUAUCACCACUGGCCUCAUUAUGGUCGCAGGGGAGCAGAAGUAUCACCCUGAAUGCUUCACCUGUCUUAACUGCAGGACUUUUAUCGGUGAUGGAGACACAUACGCUCUAGUGGAGAGAUCCAAACUCUACUGUGGUCACUGUUAUUACGACACCAUCGUCACCCCCGUGUCACUGCCAGACUCGCCAUGUUCGCGGAUCCCUCACACGGUCACGCUAGUGUCGAUACCCGCCUCCGCUGAGGGUACCAACGGGCGUCGGGGGAGGGGCUUCUCUGUGGCAAUCGACCAGCCGCUAAGCCCCAAUGAAGACCACAGUCCUGAACUCGGACGCACGGUCAGGGUGUCUCAGGUGGAUUCUGACUGCAUCAGUCCAGAUGUGAAGAAUUCUAUCCAUGUCGGGGACAGAAUCCUAGAAAUCAAUGGGACGCCUAUUCACAAUGUUCCUUUGGAUGAGAUCGACCUGCUCAUUCAGGAGACGAGUCGGCUUCUCCAGCUCACCAUCGAACACGACCCUCACAGUCGGGUGCAAGAGGCCAGCCCUUCCGAUGUUGGCGAGCAGGUGGACGGACCCCUAUCUCCGCCAUUGUCUGGGGGGCUCUGUUCCACUCUCCCCAUUCUGCCUAUCACACAACCACCUAACCCCGACAUCAGUAAUCUGAAAUCACGCCUUGUCACGCGGAGCUACAGCAUUGAUAAGUCGCCAAGCUCCAGUAAAGCUACGUCCCCUAUCUCACCGAGAAAAGACAUCAAUCGCUCCGAAUCGCUUCGGGUCGUCUCCAAUCGGACUCACCGCAUCUUUCGCCCCUCUGACCUCAUCCAUGGAGAAGUGCUUGGAAAAGGCUGCUUCGGACAGGCCAUCAAGGUGACCCACAGGGAGACUGGAGAGGUAAUGGUGAUGAAAGAACUGAUUCGCUUUGACGACGAGACGCAAAGAACAUUCCUGAAAGAGGUGAAGGUCAUGCGUUGCUUGGAUCACCCCAAUGUGCUCAAGUUCAUUGGCGUCCUCUACAAAGACAAGCGACUGAAUUUCAUUGCAGAGUACAUAAAGGGAGGCACAUUAAGGGACAUCAUCAAGAAAAUGGAUAGCAACUAUCCUUGGAACCAGCGUGUCAGUUUUGCCAAGGACAUAGCUGCUGGGAUGUCGUAUCUGCAUUCCAUGAACAUCAUCCACCGAGACCUGAACUCUCACAACUGUCUUGUCCGGGAGAACAACACAGUUGUGGUGGCAGAUUUUGGGUUGGCGAGGCUUAUGGUAGACGACAAACUCGAAGAGAAGUUUUCGCAGGGUAAACUGCCAGGUUUGAAGAAGCCCGAUCGUAGGAAGAGGUACACGGUGGUGGGGAACCCCUAUUGGAUGGCUCCUGAAAUGAUCCACGGAAAGAGUUAUGACGAGAGGGUGGACAUUUUCUCAUUUGGGAUUAUGCUAUGCGAGAUCAUUGGCCGGGUCAAUGCUGACCCAGACUACCUCCCCAGGGCGGUGGACUUUGGAUUGAACGUGUCGGGCUUCCUUGAGCACUACUGUCCCCCUGAUUGUCCUACGGCAUUCUUCCCUAUUGCUGCUAUGUGCUGUGACCUUGACGCUGAUAAACGCCCGGCUUUCUCCAAACUGGAGGAAUGGUUGGAGAACUUGAAGAUGCACCUGGACAUGGGUCUCCCUCUCGUGUCUGAAGUGGAGCAGCUCCACAAGGCCUUCUGGGAGAACAAUAUCGUCACGAGGCCUGAGAAUGGCCUACACAUCCACCCUGAACAGCCAGAGUGA